GUCUAGAUUUCAAUUCACCGCUUUCUCGCUGCUUUCUAUUCGAAUAGACACAAUACGCAGAGCAGCUUAUCUUGUAAAGAAUGGCUUCAAAUAAUCUGCCCAGGGCCUUUGGGAACGGCGACGAUGAGAAAGAAGUCGUGGGUCUUCAUGAAAAUGUCCCGUCUCCCGAUCCACUACCCCUCGAUCCAGAUGCUCAUUUAAGCGACGAAGAAAAGGCUGCCAUUGAUCGUAAGCUGGUACGAAAACUCGAUUGGACUUUGAUACCAUGGCUCUGUGUUCUAUACCUGCUCGCCUUCCUUGACCGUUCAAACAUUGGAAACGCAAAGAUUGACGGUUUGCAAAAAGACUUGAAUAACAUGUCGACUGGUGAUUACAAUGCCGCGCUAUCCAUAUUCUUCGUCGCGUAUGCAUUAUUUGAGCCUGUUACGAACGUGAUGCUCAAAAGAUUUCGUCCAUCGAUAUUCGUGCCAAUCAUCAUAAUUGCAUGGGGCUUGUGCAUGACAUUCAUGGGAUUCGUCACGAACUGGUCCGGAUUGAUGGCUGCACGAUUUUUUCUUGGCCUCGCCGAGGCAGGUUUAUUUCCCGGUAUCAGUUACUACCUAUCUUGCUGGUACAAGAGAUCCGAAUUUGGUGUUCGAAUUGCAAUAUUUUUUUCCGCAGCUGCUGUAUCUGGCAGUUUUGGUGGAUUGCUUGCUGCAGCCAUUGUUAAAAUGGAUGGUCUUGGUGGGCUCCAUGGUUGGGCUUGGAUUUUUAUCUUGGAAGGAAUCGUCACUGUCCUGGCUGGAAUCGCUUCAUUCUGGUUGGUCUACGAUUUCCCAGAGAAAGCUAGAUUCCUCUGUGAAGCCGAUCGGAACAGGGUCAUCCGUCGUCUGCAAGCCAACAAUCAAGCAGCAGGCCAUGAAGAUUUCAACACAAAGAUUAUCUGGCAGGCAUUCAAAGAUUACAAGACAUGGCUCGCCAUGACAAUCUAUUCUGGUUGUUCUGUCAGCUUGUAUGCUUUCUCGCUGUUCCUUCCUACAAUAAUUACUCAGCUUGGCUAUACAACAACCAGAGCUCAACUUCUCUCCGUCCCACCUUAUGUAGCAGCAGCUAUCUUGACGGUCGUGAUUGGAUUCCUCGCUGAUCGUACGGCUCAACGAGGAUUGUUUAAUAUUAUUAUGUCUUCCUUUGCUAUCGCCGGUUUCGCUAUGCUACUAGGUAGCGAGCAACCAGGCGUUAAAUACGCGGGAACUUUCCUCGGUGCUCUCGGUAUCUAUCCUUGCGUAGCCAACACCAUCUCUUGGAUUUCUAACAACAUUGAAGGCUCUUAUAAGCGAGGUGUUGUUCUAGGGAUGAUGAUUGGAUGGGGUAAUAUUUGUGGCAUCAUCAGCUCGAACAUCUAUUUCCAAAAGCCUAGAUAUGUUACCGGCCACGCUGUUGUUAUUUCUUUCUUGAGCGCUUUCUUGCUAGGUGGAAGUAUCUUACUACGUUUCUUAUUAAAAAGAGAAAAUGACAAGAGAAUUAGGGGUGAAAGAGAUGCCUGGGUUGAGGGUCUCAAUGACGCUGAGAAGAAGGGUUUGGGAGACAAGAGACCAGACUUCUUGUAUACUUUGUGACCUUAUGGCGUUUUUGUUUGAAUGAAUAGAGUUCUAGAGACGACGAGACAGAUGUAGACCGAAAAAUAAUUGGGGAUACACAUUGCAUACAUUCUUUGAGAGCUCUUAUACCUGCGGAUAGAAAUGCAGAAGCAAAGAGGAACCUUUGAUGACCCCCCGCCCCCUCUCUUUCAAGGCCCUAUGAUUGUUUCAAUGGGUCCCAUACAAUCAUCCUUGUAUCCUUAUAUCAUUGUUUAAUUAUAUGAUUUGGUUUAACAAUAAAUAGUCUAAAUCAUAGAAGAACUUCCUAUCAAGAUCUCAAUACAAUGAUUUCCUCGCAGGCUAUAAAACGGUCCUCUGCUGUCUACACUAGGAAACGAGCAGGCAAUCUAAUGCAAGGUGUACAUUAAGGCCACUAGACCUAAAUUCCUAUCUCA